AGGCGCGGGUUGGCUCCCUGGUUCCCCUGUGGCUCUCCGUCAUUCACGAUUGCUCCAAACAACACGAGCUUCUCAGUUUGACAGAAAAAAGUGAUCGUCUAGUCCGUGCUGGAAAUGAGUGAACAUAUAACUUCAUAUCGGAAGGUCAAACUCGAGUGCUGAAAUUUUUGCGAAAUGUAUUGGAUGACCCCUUUGGUUAGCAGCUCACAGCUGAGUGCCACGCCUACGACGCCUACGGUCUCAGCACCUACGCCCACUCUCCCACACGCCCAUCUGGCAGUCAUGUAUUCCCCGGCAGCGUAUCCCGACCAGCCCACACCCUACCCCCUCCCCACCCUCGGCGGGGAACAGUCCGCCUUUUAUUCACCGACGGCGGCAGGAUUAGAGCUUAAGGAUUCCCUGGCGGCCUCUCCUAUGGCUCCGACCUGGCCUUAUCCAUCCGUGUACUAUCCUUACGACACCGCCCUCGCGUCCUACCCCUUUGCUGGAUACGGAGUAGGACUCGACGCCGCCCGAAGAAAGAAUGCCACCAGGGAAGCUACGGCGACGCUGAAGGCGUGGCUGAACGAACAUAAGAAGAACCCUUACCCGACCAAGGGCGAGAAGAUCAUGCUGGCGAUCAUCACCAAGAUGACUCUGACGCAGGUAUCCACUUGGUUCGCAAAUGCCCGCCGUCGCCUGAAGAAGGAGAAUAAGAUGACUUGGGAACCUCGCAGCAAAACUGACGAAGACGAUGAUGAAGAUGAUGACAAGGACGAUGAUAUAUAUAUAUCUAUAUAUAUAUAUAUAUUUAUAUUCAGCGAUAGCGAGAAGGACAAGAAGGACAUUGACGGAGGGCGCACCAGCGCGGGCACGGGCGGCCCGGGCUCCGGCUCCCCCGGUGCCCCACCCACGGACGUGGCGCCCAAACCCCGCAUCUGGUCCCUGGCCGACAUGGCCACCUCGGGCGGCUUGGGCGGCGGCAGCACAGGCAGCCUGAGCAGCCUGAGCGGCGGGGCGGGCAAGAUGCUGGGCGGCGGCAUGGCCCGAGGCCUCCACCUGGAAGGGUCGCCGUACUCGCGCCCUCUCUUCCCACACACGUCCUACCCGUACAUCCCCCACAGUGUCGGCGAGAGCCUCCUCUCCUACUCGUACAGCAAGUCCCUGGCCGCGGGAUUCCCGCCCGUCUCACUCUCUGACGUCACCACCGCAGGACUCCUCGCCCCCGCCCCCCUCGUCCACGACCUCUCGCGGCACGACCUCUCCAGACACGACUUGGGCCGGCCGGAAAUCACGCGCCCCGAGGCCGUGCGACCAGACUUAACCCGCGACUUGCCCCGUGACCUGCCUCGUCACGAGCUUGCACGACCUGAGCCCCACCGCCCGGAGCCCCGCCCACUUAUGGACAAGGACGUGUGAUGGCCCCGUCAUCCUGGCCGCGCCCUUGUGUGUUAGUGUUACUGUGGCCUGGUCCAGUGAGGCCCGGUGCGUGAGGUGGCCCGCUCUGCUGCAGGAAGGCCCACGGUUCGCCAGCGAGGGCCACGAAGGCGGUUCACCCGAAGCGAAGCAGGACUUCUGAGUGUGACCCCAGCAGUGCCUCUUCCUUCGCCAGUGCCUGCGGGUGGUGGGGGAGGUGCCGCAACCCGCAACAGUGCCGGGGACACUGUGCCACCAGUGCCAGGAUAGGAGAGAUGGUGUCCCUAUCCUCGAACGGGCAUAUACAUUCCUCUUUGGCCCCGAUAUGGUGCACGUGCUUCCUCGGGCACAAGGGUUACACAUUCCCUUGGCCCUGUAGUCGGUGACCGUGAAGGACCAGGAGAGCGGCAGAGCGCAGGGCCAGUGACAGUGUAGGGUAGUGCCGCAGUGUCGCCAGUGUCACAAAGUUAGCACCUCCUCACCCUGAGAACCUUCUCGAAAAGUCUCAUUAACGUUUUUUUCCAAUUAUCGUUAUGUUGUAUGACUAUAGACGCCAAAGAUAUUUAAUUUAGGAUGUUCCUAUAAGUUAUGUAACAAAAUAUAUCCUAUUUUUUACCAUAGUGUAACAUUGUUAUAAACUCUUUUUCUGAUAUUGUUCCACAUAUCACGGUUCUGAAGCAGACGUAUAACUAUACUCCAUGAUGGAUGUGCUUUGCCAUAGAAAUUACGUCAGACUGUCUGUCACAACUACUGACUACGUGAAGGAUGCAACGGAAAUCCCCUCGUGCCAAAGUUCAGAAACUACACAGAUAAUGUUCAGGAGGUGAACAGAUAUGGAGGAGCCGGUGCCAAAUUUCCUGUAAUUCAGCGUCAAACGAUAAACAGCGCAUGUUAACUAUAGUGUGACAAAAUGUGAUGCAAACGGUACCAAACUUUGCCAUUAUUAAAGUUCUGAUCUUCGCGUGCACUUUGAAAGUAUAUCGAGGCUCCAAAGGAUAACAACAGAAAUUAACAGCAACGUUCUGAUUAUCACUGAAGCUUCAAUGAACAAGAAACAACACUGUAUUUGUUAUCUCUUGAGCGAACAUUUUUGUGUAAGGCAAAAAAGUUUCAGCUUAUAACGGGAGAUGUGUUUGCUCGUAACAAUGAGGAAAAUGUAUCCAGGCUUCCGGCGGCUGCGAUAUGUGAAGAUGUGUUCCCUCAUGGUGCUCAUGGCGGAAAUGAGGAGACUUUAUAUUUGCCGUAAAUAGAUUUAUAAGCUCUCCUCGUUCACGGUGAAGUCUCAUGGUUGGAAUGGUUUGUCACGUAUGUAAAAAAUAUAAAGAAAUAUUGUUGUAAUCGUCCAACAUUCAUGAAAUGAUGUAUGUUAUGUAACUUAAGUAUUUCAUAUAAGAGUGAUUUUUGUACAUAUGUAAUAUAAAAUGAUAUUUGAAGAAAUAAAUAAUUGUGAUACGUAC